AUGGCCGACAACGACUGGGAUAGCGUCACUCGCAUCGGCAGCAAGGCUCGUGCAGGAGGUGGCGCCGCUGAGCGCGAGCGUGUUAUCAAGGGCAAUUCGGCUCUCAACGCAGCCCAGCGGUCUGGGGUGGCUAUGGUGGCAGGGAAGAAAUAUGGCUCUUCAAACACUACACCGAACGUUGAGGGUCAGCGCCAGACCAAAAUUGACCGAGAUGAUAAUCCUUUGCCGCCGCCGAAACCUGCCAAAGUCGUUGGGGAUGCACUUGCCAAACGUCGAGCCGAGAUGCAACCUGUAUUGACACAAAGGGAUCUCGCCAACAAGUCUGGUGUUCCUUUCGCUGUAAUACAGGGGGUUGAAAAAGGCACCGUUCUCCCGAGCCAGGACCAGUUCGGAAAGCUCGAAAGAGCUUUGGGUAUCAAGUUGCGCGGGACCAAUAUUGGGGGACCCUUGUAUCCACCAAAGACCAAAAAAUAA